AGCGGCCACUGGAGAGGAGCUGGGGGAGGACGGUGGCCCGCGAGGCUCGUGCAGACAACGCGGCGGCGAUGUCCGCGAGCCAGGCGAACGCCGCGGCGGUAGCGGCGGGGCCUCGCGCGUGGCUGGGCGGCCUGGGCUGCGGCCUCCCCGCCGGUCCCUGGGAGCGGGCGCGCGGCGGGCGCGGGAGCAGUGGCGGAGGCCCCGGCGCGUCCUUCUGCCCCGCAGCCUGAGCCCGGGCGGCUGGAGGGCUCCGCUGCCCGAGGAUGGGAAUUCUCUUCACCCGGAUCUGGAGGCUGUUCAAUCACCAGGAGCACAAAGUUAUCAUUGUUGGGCUGGAUAAUGCAGGGAAAACUACCAUCCUUUACCAGUUUUCCAUGAAUGAAGUUGUACAUACAUCCCCUACAAUAGGAAGUAAUGUGGAGGAGAUUGUGGUUAAUAAUACACGUUUCCUGAUGUGGGAUAUUGGAGGUCAAGAAUCGCUUCGAUCUUCCUGGAACACUUACUAUACUAACACUGAGUUUGUAAUAGUUGUUGUGGACAGCACAGACAGAGAAAGAAUUUCAGUAACUAGAGAAGAGCUCUACAAAAUGCUUGCCCACGAGGACCUAAGAAAAGCUGGAUUGCUGAUUUUUGCUAAUAAACAAGAUGUUAAAGAAUGCAUGACAGUAGCAGAGAUCUCCCAGUUUUUGAAGCUAACAUCUAUAAAAGACCACCAGUGGCAUAUCCAAGCAUGCUGCGCUCUUACUGGCGAGGGGUUAUGCCAAGGACUCGAGUGGAUGAUGUCACGGCUGAAGAUCAGAUGAUCUCUACUGACCUCUUCUCACAGACUCUGUAUCAACAAAGUGCUGGACUUUACCUGCAAGCUGCAAAAAAAACGGUUGAGAUAUAUUUAUAAUAAACUGAUUUAAGUGUUUUUCUACAAGAAGGAAAAUGAAGACCACUCAUUUGAAAACAAAGAUGAACGUCACCGCCCAGUUUGCUCUCAUUCCUUCCGAAGUGCAUCGAAGCUGUGACUGACAUUUCUCACGAUGAAUCCUCUCCGGAUGUGGUAGAGCUGUGGCGAGUACGAAGGGAGAGGAAGACAUUUGAACUGUAGAGCUUUAUUGUCCGAGUGCUUUGCCCUUCCCACCCCACCCCAAGUUGAAUGUUCCCUUCUCAUUACGUUGAAUCAAAUACAAAUCAGCACAGAUACCGUUCCCAGUUUUUAAAAAUGUAAUAUUAUGAAAGUAUUUUGCUUAAAGUUGAAUAUGUAUUGUGUAUAUACCUCAAGUUCAGGUUAAUGGCUUUGAUUUGUGUUCUAAAGAAAAGCAGAUAAUACAAUAAUAACCUUAGUUAUUAUUACCCUAAUGUUAUUCAGUACCAACGUUAGUGUUAAGGGUCAUUUUUGUAGUUUCCCUUCUGUUCUCUGUAUUGUUCUAACAAGCCAGCCCUGACCUAGAAUUGUUGAGCUGCUCCUUAAAAACAAAACAGGAAAAAGCUUGACAUUGUAUACCAAUUUUUCUUGCUCAGUAAUUGAGAUGGACAAAUGUAACACAAGUGAGUAGAGUGUCUGCUAGACUCCUGGCCAGGAGUGACUGGGCAGAAUUAUAGACAGAGCAGUUACCAGACUUUCCCUUCUAUUGAUCCUAUGCCAACUCAGCUACUAAUCAGUCAUAAGUUGUGAUUAAAACUACCAGGUCAUUUUUAAUUGAAAAUCAUGGUGUGAAAUAUAUCUGCCCAAAGAGGAAACAUUCUAUAAAUAGUAGUAAUUAAUUUAGCUGCAGCUUUUUAGGUAUAACAUGACAAACAGCUAAAAAUGAAUUUGAGAGUAAGCAUAAGGCAUAAUUUUCAGUGAACAUUGAUAAUUUCUCAAUUUGCAGAUUUAUUUAUUUCUGUAGGUUUUCUUAACAUGUUCUUCUACUGCAUAAAAUACCUUGUUUAAUAGUUAGGAAAUCCAAAUACUCUGAAUGCUUUUGAGAAUUUGAUUGAAAAUUUGACAUGUUACAUCAUUUGUACUAGAAGUAAUUUGAUCCAAAACACCUUUUAUAUUUGCUGUUUUUUUUUUUAAUUUAUCUAAAAGUUGAAGGUAUUUCUGUCAUAACUAUAAACAAAAUUACCAUGUGUUUUAACAUAUUCUUGGUGACUCUAUAUGCCUUUUGUGCCCUGGAAAUUUGAAGGUUAGUCAAAACUGUCAAGAUUUAGGAUAUUCAAAAAAAAAUUAACUAGUUUUAGUAUCAGACUUUAAAAUUUCCUAAAGAUUUUGAUAAGAAAUAGAAGUCCACAUUACAAGCAUUAAUGGAGCUUUGAAAAAUCUUUCAUUAAAUGUGAGACACUUAACUGUCUAAACCCAUCGGGUGCGGAUGAGUGUUAACAGGGAUGCUUUGUGUUUGAGAUCUGCUGUAAGCCUCCCAGUACACUCUCAGCAUUUAAUGUUUGCCCACCUGCUCUGAGAAAAUCAGCCCUCAAUCACUGGGCUUUGUAGUGCUAAGUUCUAGUCAUACGUUCUCAUACUUCAAAUCACGAUGAAAAGUUUCCUCUGGUGUAUUAGAAAAUCCCCUUAAAGACUCACAUCUCCUCCGUAGUUUUGUUAAAGACAAACAGCCUCUAAUGGAGCCCUUCCCACCCCUCCAGAGCCCAGACCUACAGCUUGCUAAAAAGCUGAAUUUUUAUUUUUUAAUUUGAACAAUCAUGUGCAUAGUUGCUUGGAUCACUGUUACAUCAGUUCAACACAUACCAGCACAUUCUGAAGUUGCCAGGGUAUUGGCUAAAAUUUAUUUCUUAGUUGGAUGUUUAAAGUGUUUGUUCCAUUGUUAAGGUUGGCAUAGUAUAGUCAGUUAUUGACAUGUCAUAAGAAAGCAUGAAACUUUACCACUUUUACAAAAUAUGAGGUUUUUGGUUUUUUAACCCUUUUAAGCUAAGCAUCAAAAAAUAUGAUUCUUGUGUACUUGUACAUAAAAACAAAAUUAUAACUAAGUAAAAAGAGAUUUAAUAUAUGAAAAUAUCAAAACUGUCAAACAGUAUUAGGCCUAACUGUGGCGGAGUACCCCUUGACGUCAUGCUGGCAGUUUACAUGUCAUGGGGCAGAACUCAGCAAGCCCUGUGGUUUCAGAUGUUAAUAUGCGACUUCUGGGUGUAAACAAACAUCUCAUUUAACCUCACUGUGCUCAGCUCUGAAAAGAACAAAGAUUUAUACCUCUGUACAUGUGAAUAGACUUAAGUGUCCCGUUUUGAUACUAAUUUUGAAAGUUGUUUAACUUCUCUUGAUAUCUUGGUAAAAGUGGCCAAAAGAUAAAUCAUUUGGAUAUAUUUGAUUUUGUCAUAACAUUUAUAAAGUGUAUGUUUCCCAUUAUAUUGAGAGUUUUAUUUUAAAAAUUCAGUUUCCCUUAUAUUUCUAGCACACCUUGGCCAUCAUAGUAGACAAAGAAUACAGAGAAGACAAGUGGGCUGGGCAGUGGGGAAUGAGUAUUCAUUUUCUUGUGACAUUUUGCCUUAAGAAUAAAAAGGUGCAUUAGCACUGCUGGUUGGCAUUUCGAAUGCAGGUGGUAAACCUAGUCUUACGUAAGCAUAGCAUGGGGUAGAAGGAAUAAGAGUGUGUUUCCUGGCCUUGAAGAAGUGCCUCGUAGGUAGUCACAGGAAGUCGCAGGUAAGUGUGGGGUGUGUGAGGACAGGCAAGAGGUCCCUAAGGUGUCUUUUCCUUUUGUCUGAGUGUAUAGUAUUAAGAAGCCGAGAAGAGAGACAGUAUUGGUCCUCUCUUACAGGCACUUUAUAUUUCUUGCUGUAACUGCAGCAAUCACAUACAGUACAGACAACCUCAAAAUCUGUUUAUAUUAGUGUAAAUAAAUAAAAAAAAUCAUAGCCA